UGCCGACCUCGACGACCCCAUCUACCAUCCCGCCGUAGUCCGAAGCCAAGGUUUCCUCCAUGAUGCGGCUGAAGGUGGCAUCGUUCCUGUCAUGGUGAGUGAUAGCAUCCCAGUGUCGCCGACCGGUACGGAUCCGUCCCAAACAUGCGCGUCGCCAACGCCUGGUGAAGUUCGUACGUUGUUUGAAAUGGAAAUGGAUUCUCGGCGAGGCUUUGCGAUAGACGACCCAAACAAAAAAGAGAAGGCGCAUCGAUCCAACCCAUCUGAUCAUCAACGCACAGGGCCACAUACCCAGCAGCAGUCUCCUCGCUAAGCUAGCAACCAACAAUCAUAUUAUAAAUACUGCGAGUUCAGAUCUACAUCUCGUCAUCAUCUUCCAAAUCGACACCUUCUCCGGCGAGAAAUAGGAAGCAACCGUCGCCGCCAAAGGACUUCCAUCAUCGAUUUAACAUCCCAGCCACCAUCGACCAAAGCCACCACCCCCAGCCCUCUGUCCUGCUCUUCGAAACCAGAAAAAGCGGCGAAUUCCCUGGUUAAGCUAAGUUAGCAACCAACAAUCAUAUCAUCAAUACUGCGAGUGCAAAUCUACAUCUCGUCAUCAUCCACCAAAUCGACACCUCCUCCGGCGAGAAAUAGGUAGCAACCGUCGCCGCCAAAGGACUUCCAUCAUCGAUUUAACAUCCCAGCCACCAUCGACCAGAGUCACCACCCCCAACCCUCUAUCCUACUCUCCAAAACCAGAAAAGGAGAGCGAUUAAAGUCACGAGGGGCGAUGGUCAUCGUGGAUGCUUGUGGAUGUGGUAAAUUGAAUUGGAUGCUUCUGGAUGCUUGGGCGAAGAUUGACUUGGAGGAAGGGGGAAGUGGUAAAUUGAAUUGUGAAUUUUUCUCGGUAGUCAAGGAAGAAAGCAGGGGGGAAAUGAGAAGUUUGUUUUUAAUUUUUAAUUAUUUGCAAUUUUUAAUUUUUAAUUUUAUAUACUACAGGAUAUAAAUGGAAUAUUGAAUAAAAUAGGACACAAGUG